AUGGCGACGAGGGAAAUGGACCCUGACGGCAAUGACAAUGAGGAGGGAGAGGACCCUGAGCACAACAACAAGGAGGGGAGGACCCUAAUGGCGCUGAAGCCAAGAGGGAAGGAGGAGGCAAGAAUGGGUGGAUCUGGGAUCAACACCCAUGAGUCAGAAUCUGUGAAGGAUAAGCACAGAAUCAAAUCGCAUGACGUUGGUAAGCAAAUUUCACCCAUCCUACGUGGAGGUUUGCCUAACGCAACGUCUACUAUUGCCGCUUGCGCCAAGUCAACGCAACGGCAGACGGAUUUUGAAUGCACAGAUUCUGAGGUGAUGAUAAUGGAGGGUCAGAAGGGAAAGACACAGGCUUUUGGUACGCACAAGCAACACAGUUCACACCAAGGUUUCGCCCAUCCUGCCAGUGCAGAAGGAACUUCGGCACAGUCCCAAUCAGACUUGAUUUCCACCAAUCAACUUAAUUCCUGCGUCCUGCCUCAUCAAGUUGGCACGCCACCUCGCCAGCUGUCUGAACACAAGCCCACAAUGACCUCCGAUCAUCUCAAGGCUCUGCCUCUCACGGAAGCAGGGCAGGACAGUAAGGACGUUACCGAGGACUUGCAAAACACUAAAUCGAACACACCAGCUCCGGCCUACGACAUCCGCCACAACGUGAAUUUGGAAUACGUCGAUUCUGGGGGGGAAAUCCUUGUAGGAAUAACUAGUAGUCAUUACUGGAGUCUUCCCUAUCCUUCAUGCAUAGUGAUUCCAUCACCACCAACAAGUAUACGAAGCUUUGUUACCGCUUCACCUGAAAAGGUUCAGAGGUUCAUUAGAAUUCAAAAUCAACAUGUUUCGUACGAAGAAGGUCAUAACACGGUCAACCACAGUCUUGUUGCUACUGCUAGCGCUACCCCCUCAGUCUCGCUCAUUCAUUCACCCCUGGACCUAAUCUCCAUUGGCAAUGCCAACAUAAUCCCAUUCAGCUUUCCUAUACCAACGGCUCACUCAGAUGUAAGCACUGUCAUAACGGAUUCUACGACGAACUUACGGGAUCCCUCUGAUGCUUCUGACAAUAGGAUUGUGGGUAUUCAACCAUCCAAUAACAGGUCUCGCAAGCUCAAAAGUCAUGGUGUAUGCCCUUUGAACACACUAUCAUCACUAUCAUCCGAGGUGGAUAUCUACAAGCUACUCCACACAAUUAAAGAACACCCGUUUACACUGAACACUUCGACUAUCGGUGGAAUUACCAGUUUGCCUUUGCCUUCCCCAUCUUCUCUGGCUCUCUCGCAGCACCAAUAUCCAGAAUCCUCAGGAAAUGCCAUAAUGAUGGAUCCGGCACGCAGCAUCCAUGAAUCAGUGGUAGAGGAGAUAGAGAUCAUCUCAGAGGAGCUUGGUAAGCAAAAACUCCAUGUUUCGUGCGAAGACAUUCCUCACAUACUAGUUGAUUGUAGUGAGCAGUUGUUAACUGUGACUGUGCAGGUCUCUUCGAUUGCUGAGCUUUGGGAUCUUUGCAAGUCCAUGCCUAACGGAGCGCUCAAAAUUCCCAACGUCACGGUGGGUAUCAGUAGUCCGAUGCUACAAACCUCGCAUGUAGACCAUCUGUCUCUGGGCCCUCCAGUUGUCAAAUCCUCAAAACUACACAACUUUCUGCCGAGCGCCAAACACAUCAGCAUGGGCUUGCUCGAUCCUUUCACCGAUCCACAAGGCAGAAGACCAGCACGUGAUGCUAGGGGGGCAGAGAACCUACAGAAUGUCAGUAUACCUUCUGAUCCUGUCCCCCAUGCCGAAACCCUUGACGAAGGUCCUAUCAGCUCUGCUGCUAGCUGUUCUUCAUCCCGGCGACAAGAAUCUCGCCCACCAGCCUUCACUUGCGGUAUUCACCCUUCCUUGAAUGGGGAGAGCAUCAAUUCUGGGGGGGAAACUUUGGGAGAGACUCUCGAACAUUGGAAGUCCUCGUCCACGCCUUUGGUUCUGCUGUCGUACAGUAAUCCUUGUCGUCACUCAACUCUUUCACCCGUUACGUUGUUUCUGAUCUUGCCAACUCCAGGUGGUCCAAGCUAUCCCGAUGUGCAUCAUAACGGACGCUUGAAUCGACAAGUGCCAGAGUCAUUCUAUGAUGAAUAUUGUAGCCCCAUCGAACAGCCCCAUACAGGAAUUCAAGUUCGCAUCGUGAUGUUGGAGCACAGGGACAUCAUCGACAAAGUCUUGCACGUCGAGGUACUCGCGGUUUCAGGCCUACAUGAAAUCAUCAAUACACCUGGUACUUUCCCACUCUCUGCAGCUCACUUGGAUUGGCACAUCCCAAUUCCAUCCUCUGAUGCUCAACUCAACGCCUACCAAACCACCCAAGAGGGAUAUCAGUCAUGUCACGCAAUGUCGCCGUACACAACUCCAACCAAACCUGUCAACGAAACAGUCUCAAGGAACAAACUGGUUUAUGUCUUGGCAUCCAGAACAAUCCUGUGUAUAUUCCAACUUGCCAAGGAGCUGUGGACAGAGUUGGUUCUUGUUUGA